AUGCCUCGAUCUGGGCCCUGCCCCUUCUGGCACCUGAAAAUGGGGGAGCGCCGUACCCUGCGCGCAGGGCCCAGUCUCAGAUCCGCUUCGGCUGCACCACCAGUCCCGGGCGCCGCCGCUCCAGGUUUUCCGCCUCGGCGCCCUGGCCGGCGCGGUGCCCUGGUCCUGCAGCGCCUCCUCGCAUCCGCCUCAGCGCGCACCCAGCGGUUCUCCCUGGCAGGGGGCUGCCCGCCCGACCCCACCUCCUGUUCCUCCUCAGGCACCAGGUCCGGCCGUAGCCGCCUCCGGCUCACCCCCGUCAAGGCCGCACUUCCGGGCCGAGACGCGGGCGGAACUGAAGUGCGCUGUGGCCGCGGCGCAGGGGAGUGCUGGGUGACGACACGUUUCCGGUGUCUCGGUGGAGCUUGGCCGCCGCCGCCUCCAGGCCGUAUUUCCGGUCCCUGCCGGAGGCUGAACCAACGUCGCGCUUGCGUGGGGCGGCCGGAGCGCGCUUUCGGCGGCGCCGCGGAGACAGGGGCGGGGCGGGACGGGAGUGGGCUCGGGUUGUCAGUCCGCGUGCCGUGCACCUGUCCGCGCGCGGCGGGCGGGAGGUGGUGCACAGUAAUGGAGGACGGGAAGGCAGUAUCCCGCGGAGGCCCCGCGACUCUCCCGGGCCAGUUAGACCCCUCUGCAGCCUCGGGAAACGGCCUUCCCCCCAACGAAACGGAUGGGCGCAGGGAUCGGCUCUUGUUGGCUCCUCGGCCCCAGCCGGAUGGUGGAGGCAGCCUGGCCCCACGAACCCCUUGA